CAGAGCAGGUCCUGGUCCAGAGCAGGGUCUCUCUUCUUCUCUCCAGAAUCCCCCUUUAUCCACGGGGUCUCUCCUUGUCCUGGAGGAUCUCCUCCAGCUCCUCCACCAAGAAUGGACAGGAAGGAGAUCAGCAGAAGAAUAUUAGACCUCACCUUGGAGAUCAUCUCCCUGCUGAGCGGAGAGGAUUACACCCUAGUGAAGAAGACAUGGGGGAGGACUCCUAUCAUCCAGGAGUCAGGGGGGUGGACCCCCAUCACAGAGCCUCCCCCCCUGAUACAUGAGCAGAAGAUCCUAGAACUCACCCACAAGAUGAUGGAGCUGCUGACUGGAGAGGUUCCUGUAAGGUGUCAGGAUGUGGCGGUGUAUUUCUCCCUGGAGGAGUGGGAGUAUAUAGAAGGACAGGAGGAUCUGUACGAGGACGCCAUGAUGGAGGAGCCCCGGCGUCUGACAUCUCCAGGAAAUUCCAGGAAAAAGUCUGAGGGAAACUUCAUGUUAUCACUAGAUCAUAAAGAAGAAGAUGAAGAUACCAUGCAGCUCUCUUCAGGAGGAAACUUCUUUACCUGUAAUUUACAUUCAGGACUUCACAGUCCAGAUCUAUCAUAUAAUCCUGCUAAUUAUGAGGAACCUUCUUCUGACCAAUCACACAUUGCUACCACAAGUCCAAAUCUAUCAUAUAAUCCUCUUAAUCAUGAACCUUCUCCUGACCAAUCACAGAUUGCUACCACAAGUACUGGGCAGAAAGGUGGUAAAAGGUUUCAAUGUGGGGAAUGUGGAAAACAGUUUCCAUACAGAUCACAUCUAUAUGCACACAGAAGACAUCACACAGGAGAGAAGCCGUAUCCAUGCUCAGAAUGUGGGAAAUGUUUUGCUACUAAAGCCAAACUCAAGGAUCAUCACAUAAUUCACACAGGGGAGAAGCCAUAUUCAUGUUCAGAAUGUGGGAAAUGUUUUCUAAAUAGAUCAGAUCUUGGUAGACAUGAGAGAAUUCACACAGGAGAGAAGCCGUAUUCAUGUACUGAAUGUGGGAAAUGCUUUACUGUGAAAUCACAUCUUAUUUUACAUCAGAAAAGUCACACAGGAGAGAAAUCAUAUUCAUGUUCAGAAUGUGGGAAAUGUUUUAUAAAUAAAUCAAAUCUUAUUACACAUGAGAGGAUUCACACAGGAGAGAAACCAUAUUCAUGUUCAGAAUGUGAAAAAUGUUUCACAAAUAAAUGUAGCCUUCUUUCACAUAUCAGAAUUCACACAGGAGAAAAGCCAUAUUCAUGUUCAGAAUGUGGGAAAUGUUUUACUAACAAAUCAAAUCUUGUUGUACAUGAGAGAAGUCACAUAGGAGAGAAGCAACAUCCCUGUUUAGAAUGUGGGAAAUGUUUAAAAAGUAAAUUGAACCUUGAGAUACAUUACCGAAUUCACACAGGAGAGAAGCCAUUUAUAUGUUCUGAAUGUGGGAAAUGUUUUACAGAUAAAUCAAAACUUGUAACACAUCAGAGAAUUCACACAGGAGUGAGGUUGUUUUCGUGUUCUGUAUGUGGGAAAUGUUUUACAAAUAAAUCAGAUCUUGUCAGACAUGAGAGAAGUCACACAGGAGAGAAGCCAUUUUCAUGUUUAGAAUGUGGGAAAUGUUUUACUCAGAAAUCAAACCUUGAUCAGCAUAAGAGAAGUCACACAGGAGAGAAGCUACUUUCAUGUUCAGAAUGUGGGAAAUGCUUUCCUGUUAAAUCGAGCCUUGUUAAACAUGAAAGAAUUCACACAGGAGCAAAACCAUUUACAUGUUCAGUAUGUGGGAAAUGUUUUCUAGAUAAAUCUAGCCUUGUCCUUCAUGGGAGAAGCCACACGGGAGAGAAGCCAUAUACCUGCUUAGAAUGUGGGAAAUGUUUUAUAAGUAAAUCAAAUCUUGUUUCACAUCAGAGAUGUCACACAGGAGAGAAGCCAUAUUCCUGUUCAGAAUGUGGGAAAUGUUUUAUAAGUAAAUCAAAUCUUGUUUCACAUCAGAGAAGUCACACAGGAGAGAAGCCGUAUUCAUGUUCAUUAUGUGGGGAACGCUUUAUAAGGAAAUCAGUUCUUGUUACACAUCAGAGAAGUCACACAGGGGAAUAGCCAUUUUGAGGUUCUAUAUGUGGAAAAUAAAGGGGUUGUCCAGGAUUAGAAAAACAUGGCUGUUUUCAUCCAAAUACAGCACCCCCUGUUCAAAUCUUGUACGUGGUAUUGUAGCUCUACCCUAUUAACUUUAAGAGAGCUGACCUGCAAUACCAGACACAACCAGUGGACAGGGGUGGUGCUUUUUGGAAUAAAACAUUUUCCUAAUCCUAGAUAACUCACAUUCAAAGAACCCAAAUUCUUUUUUUAAUGUUUUUCUUCAGCUUUUCCUUUUAGUUGUCCCAGCAGACUUUUAAACCGAUCAAAGAAUAUGGUUUCUACCAUGUCUCUGGAUAAUUUAAUUUUUCCCAACAAAACACCCAGGCUUGGUCAUAAAGAGAAGCAAGUUACUUUUUCCACGAGUUAUAGCUGUGAAUAUUCACAAAAAUAUAAUAUUGUCAAAAGACAUCUUCAUCUUCUCAAAUAUGACCAAGCGUGGGGUGACGUUGUAAAAAGCGGUGUUAGAUGUGUUGCCCGACGUGCUGUUACUUUAGCAAAUAUGGUGAGCCCCUCUCUAUACCAGGAUAAACCUGGCUCCCAGCCUACUUGGCUGAGAAACAUAGGUAAUUUUAAAUGUGGGCAUAAAAGAUGUACAUGUUGCUCAUACAUGAGGAUGGGCUCGCAUAUUGUGUCUACAAGUAACCACUCAUACUAUUCAGCAAUACAUCAAUUGCAACACCACAUAUGUGGUAUAUUGCAUAACAUGCUCUCUGUGUAAUUUACAGUACGUCGGGUGCACAUCCAACUGUUUGAAAAUUCGAAUUUGCCGUCACAUCUCUGAUGUACCUCAUGCUAAAAUAAAAAAUGUUUCUGCCGCUAGUCUGCAUUUUGCUGCGGUCCACGAUGGUAAUACAGACAGCAUGUCAGUACAAGGAGUGGAAAGGGUUAACAGACCAAGCAGAGGCGGCGAUCACAAGAAAAAGUUGCUCAAUCGUGAGUGCUUUUGGAUUUUCAAACUAGGCUCACGGAUCCCAUCAGGGCUGAACCGGCGUCAUGAUACUAUUCUACAUUACUAAUAUGUUUACUCAUCUUCUUUUUUAUCAUUGCAAUUUGUAGUUUUUAUCUUAUUUUUCUAUGUUUUUGGGCAUGUUGUAAUUACUAUGCACUUUAUCUGUGAAGGAUGUCCUCACGCGGCGGGUCCUGUACCUGAUUAUGAUCACCUGUGUUUGGUGGUUCACUGUUUAGUCUCGACCUCACCUCCCACUGAUGCACAUCACGACUAAGGAUCCGCAUCUACAGUGAUCCGAAACCGGUCGAUUUUCUGCAUUGCUGUAUGUUGGUUUUUAUCUGCACGGGAUUGAAGAAAGCCUCAAGUAUUUUUCAGUGAAGCUGGACCGUCUUUCUUUCUUUUGGGUUCCUUUUAGUUGUGGUAUAACACACAAUAACUAAGUAUGAACAUGAUGACGAGACAAUGUCCAGGAUUUCCUCACACGCUUUCCAGGAAAGAUUCAGUUAUGUCUAAUGGCAGUGUUUCAGUUCAGACCUCUCCUUGCCGAUCCACUUGUUCUCGGAUUUCGGGAUUCUGCUUGUAAAUACGUGUUUUCAGUGGAAAUGUGAA